UUGGUGGCUCAAUUGCGCCUAGCACGUUGGCCAGGCAGCAGGUCCUUGCGGCUCCUUUUUAAAGCAACAAACGUCCCUGAAUCGCAACAGUGGCCGGCUUGCGAAUUUACGAACUUCAACUGUUACUGUUACUGUUAGUGAAACUGAAACUAAAACGGGUUUUGGUUCGCCCAACGUUUGCCGGUUUACAAUAGUGUGUGCUUUUUUUUCUCCAGUGUUUAGAGUGCGUACUGAAAGCUACUGACAUUUUUUUGCUUUCAAAACUAGACAGUUAUCAGCCGCAUUUCGCGUGUUUAUUUCCGCUUCCGCGUUCUUCUAAUUAGUGGGCGGCAUGGCGGCUCCGAGCCGCCGUUACCGCAAUAGGCCGAAAUGCUUCAAGACAAUGUCGCUGCUGCCAUUGGUGGUGGUACUUUUGGGGCUGGCUGCAGCUGUGCCAGCCGGAAAUGACGUCAUUUCCGCAUCAGCGAAAAGGGCUAAGGAUCUGCAGCAGCAGCAACAACGACAUCAACUGCCGGACAUCGAAGAUGAUGGCGUGGCGCGAACAGACAAGGACUUUGACUUUGCCGCCUAUGUGAAUGAUUUCAAUUUGCAAGAAGAGGCCUCCAUUCCGGAGGACAUAUUUGACCAGCACGGCGGCGACAUUGGGGAUGAGGACGCCGACACGCCCCACAUGCAAUAUGCUCCAACGGCUCAAACUGCUCCAUCUGCCAUCCUUGAGGAGGAAGACGCCGGCGAUGAUGACGAUGUGGGGCUGAUGGAGGAGGACGACGAUGCAUCCGAGGCUGACAUCAUACUUGAAUCUCAAAGGCCCACUUCAAGGAAUUUUAGUGUUUACCUGGACGCUAAGAAAUACCAAAAUAACAACAAGAAGCGGUCCAGGACCAAGGAUAAGAAGAAUGAUAUAAGCCACUACAACUACAAAUUGAAAAACAAUAAAGGCAGCCAGCUACCAAAGCGAGUUGGCAAUGUGGAGGAUGCUGAGGCUGAAGAUGAAGCUGAAGUAGCCGGAAAAUCGGAGAUGACUGUGGGUGGCGCAACCAAAUUCACUUCCGUCGAGGAGGACAACGCGAACUUUGGCAGGCAAAGUUUUGCGUAUAAAAAAUUGAAGAACAUGCACGAACAGCACGAAAGUCAACAAAAAGGAGACGGGGGCAACAGCAACAACCGGAAGCGGGGCGAUGAUGGCGAUGAGGAUACAGUAGAGGAAUACCCCACGUCGUCACAGCUGUUCGAUGCUAUUGAAAUAUUAAAUGAACGAAAAUUUAAUAAGCCAACGGUCCAAUCGAUGCAGAAGUUGGCAGUUAAGAAGGAGUCCAGACAGGUGGUGGAUGAGGCCAUUGGCGACAUCGAAGACAAUUUGGAUAAUGAUGAAGUAUUGCCCAGCGAUGACGACGACGACGACGACGGCGACUGCGACGACGACGACGAGGACAUUAAGUCGUCCAUUGACAAUGAUGAAUUGGCCAAAAAAUACCCAAUAGCCACAUCAACAACCACCAAGGCCCCACCAACCACCAGCACCACCUUGGCCACAUCAACAACCACCUUCAGCAGCACCAGCAGCAGCAGCAGCACAACAAGCACAACAACUUCGACAACACCAAAAACUCCGCCAACAAUUGGCCGCAAACUGAAGAGAAAUUUCUUUGGCCAACCUCAGCCGUCAAGCACAGAAACCAGAUACUAUGGCAGCUAUGAUAUUGGUAGGAUUCGGGCUCAGGAGGAGGAGGAUGACAACACCGAUGAGGAGGAUGUGGGCGAGUUGCACUACUAUGACACCAGCAGCAAUCCCAGAAAGUUGGUCAGUUUCGAACCGGCAAAGUCCGAGGAGAAUUACUUGAGCAGCUACUAUGCUGGAAAAUUAAAUGCAACUGAAAGGAAGCUGCAGCAGCAGCAGCUGUUGCAACAGCAACAUGUUGUUGCACAGCAGCAACAUGCAACACGUUACGUGGACGAUGAUUACGCCGAACAGCAGCCGCCACCGGAGGCUACCAAGCUGGAAAAUCCCUGGGAGAAAUCCGGCGAUGAAAAGCCAGAGGAGGAACCACUGGAGGAUGGCAAAUUGGAAUCUGAUUUGGAAUCUGCAUUGCAGCAAUAUCACGAGGUGAGCAUGGCCACGCCCACCGUCAGCACAGCCGCCCCCUCGUCGGCCUUCGAGCGUUUCAAGGCGUUGCGACGAAGUCGCCAGCGGACGGGUCACAAGAGUCACAAGAAGCGGUACAAGGACUAUCUGAAGCGGCAGAAGGAAGUGACACCGCCGCCGCCGGAAAUCAACCCGCCAGCCACCGUAUCCACCAGGCACCUUCAAAAGUUGCAAAAAGAACGGGAAAGAUCGACGCAUUCAUCGCCGAUUUUCGCCCUGGGCUUGCGACCCCAGCGACCUUUGUUGGUCACGACCAAACCAUUCUACGAGGGUCAGGUCAACUACUACGACAAUCAGCAGCAGCUGGAUGUGGAUCUCAAGCAUCACACCGAAAUGGAACGUCUGAUAGCCCAUGACAAUGGCAAUUGGUAUCGCCGCAUUAGUCCAGUGUUGAGAAACGGCAUUAAGAGUGAUCCGGCAUCGAAGGACCAUCACCAUCACCACCAUCAGCAUCAUCAUCAGCAUUUAGGUGGCAAUCAUCAUCAUCAGCAGCAUGCCCAUCAUCACAGUCAUCAUAAUGCUGGGCACCACCAGCACAUUCAUCACCAUCAUAGCCACCAGAAGUCGAGUCAUCUGCGUGCCCGACCCAGUAAUCCCUAUCAGCGGAAGGUUCAGUUGGGAGGUGGCGGGGGAGUUGGUAGCUUCAAUACAGCACCAUCGGCAGCACCAGCACCACCGCCCACGCCACCGCUGCCACCACCGAAACCACAACUGGGCCAUCAAAUAACCGAACUGGAGCAUUUAGAGCGCUACUACGCCAAGUGGCCACAUCUAGCCAGGGUUCAGUUCCAGGUCUACGACGAGCACUAUCGCGAAUCGCAUCCCGAACUGUAUGGCGACUAUGAGGAUGACUACGAGAGUGCCGCCGAACUGGAGGAGGCCCAGCAGGAGCACGGCGAAGAGGCCAAUCUGCCGCCGUACAUCAAGAAGUACAACAGACGGAACAAGCAGUUGCUCAAUCUGCUGGAGGGCACUCUGCCCACGCCCACCAACAACAAUCCGGUGGGCAAUUCUGCUCGGGCCAGCACCGAAGCGGUUCGCCUAGAUGAUGAGUAUCUGAAGGAGAAGCGGCGUCGCUACCAUCAGCAUCAGCAUUUCGAGGACUUGUUUGCCCUGCAAAAGAGUCGCUUGAGUACGACUUCGGAGCCAGUUAAAGAGGAGGUAUCCAAGGGUCUUAAAGAUAUAGAUAUGGAGAAAGUGGCAACGACAGCGGGGCCCAGCAAUCAAUUGCCCGAGGAAGAUGCUUCGGCUAAUUCGGGAGUGGAGGCAAAUCCCCCAAGCGAUGCUCUGAGCUUUUGGCAAAGGGAAAUGGCCAGCAAACAGGCAUCUCCGGCUAUGACAACCACGGCCAAGCCGGCGCUCUAUAAGCUGCCCUCAUAUCCGGCCAUAGCUGGCAGCUUUCUGGGCACACCGCGCAGUCGCAGUCGCAGUGCCCAGUUUGUGGCCAAUGUGGCGGGCAGGGGUCAAAGUUCAAGUGGCGGCUGGCCACGCUCGGAGACGACGGGUAAUUCCACCGAGAAGCCAGGCGGAAUCACCGAAAGGGCAGGUGGAGAAUCUGUGGGUCAUGGCGAUCCCUCGCCCCUCAACUCUUUUGUCUACCAUCGCGUGGUGGAUGGAGCCAGUGCAUCCGCCAUUUCCGGCUUCGUCGGCGGCAGCACCAGCAGCAGUAGUAGAGGCAAACAGUCGCGUCUGCCAUUCGUGGCCAUCACGGAUCGACGGCUGGAGAAAUCGCUGGCGGAGCGACACAAAGACUUUGAGCAGAAUCACUUUCCGAUGCCUUAAGCCGCGAAUUUUGUGCAGCAAUUGAAAAGCUGGAAAAGCUGAACAAACAGAGAGAGAGAGAGAGAGAGAGAGAGAGAGAAAGUAAGAGAGGGAGAAGAAAGGAGAAAUUACGAUGAGUUGGUAGCCAUGGGUGGAAAGGGAAUUUAGGGAACUAAAUAUUAAACCCAGACCCUAAACAAAAUUAUUGAAGUCCAGUCAAGAGCUUCUAUAAAAAUGUAACCAGCAAACCAUAAAGCUGAAUUCAAAAUAAUGAAUAAUGCUCUUAAAAAUUGCAAAUCAGUAAUGCUCUCUUUAUAUUUUAGGAUACAUAAUAUUAUUUAUAGAAGCGAACAACCAUUUUGUUUUAGUCUUCAAAAGUAAACCUGUAAUGCGUUUAUAUUUGGAAAACAAAAAACCUUUUGAAAUAGUUUUGAAAAAUAUGUAUACAAUAUAAAUAUAAAUGUACUCUUGUUAUUGCUUAUCUGGAAUUGUACACCUUCUCGUAUUUUUACUAGAUUUUCUAUAUAAAAUUAUUGUUUUUUAAACUUAAUAUAAUUUUAAUUUGAAAUAGUCUUGGAUUAAGUUAAAAAGUUAAAAACAUUUUUUAAAAAUUAAGUUAAAGUCUUUGGACUGAUAAUCAUAAAGGUUUUUCAAAAACACAUUAUUUUAAUUUAUUUAAAUAUAAAUUAUUUCAAACAAAUUUAAUCCAACAUUUCGAGCCACAAAAAAAACCGAUGCCAGCCAGUUUGAACGGGUUCUUGCCCACAAUUAAAAAAUACGAUUGUAAAAUUCCAAUUCCCUUUGCCAGACAUGCUACCAACUCAAAAUCUAAACAUAAUUCUAGAACUAUAUUAUAGUCGCCGCUUUCGGAGGUAUUAUUUUUGGUGUUUUAUGUUUUACAAGGGAAGAAAGAAGCGAAUCAAUGGAUAUAGAGAUAAUUGUCGAAAACUAUUUUUUUUGGUGUGAUGAAUAUAUUAAAACAUCAAACGAUAAACGUUAGAAAAAGUAAAUAAUAAAAUAAAGAGAGAAAAAAAUACAAAAAAACUAAACUAAAGUUAAGCGAAAAACUUUUUUUUUGUGUAUAAAUAGCGAAUAACACCUGUAGACACACACAUACACACUUAUAUACGAAAACACACACACUCAAAGAGCUGUUAGAAAUCAAAAAGUGAUAACCAAAAAAAAAAUAUUAUUAUUAUUUGUUCCUUUGUUUCAAUUGAUGUUUUUAGGUUUAGAAAGCAUUGCUUUUGAGUGCAAAGUAGCUGAAAAUUUAGAUGAAAAAUUGUUAGAAUGCUUUUCUCUCGCCCCUUGCACGCAAAAUCCAUCGAAAUAGGUUUCAAAAUUAAACGAAAAACAAUGAAAACACAAUAAAGUUAAAACGAAAUCGAGCAGAAGACAAAGAAACUGUUGCACAAAUUUAAAGCUAUUCAAUAAGCCAGAACCGAACAAACAAUACGUUUAGUGGUCAAUAGAAACAAAAACGAACAGAAAACAAAGUGUUAAACAACAUAUCAAAACAAAGAAGAGAAAAUUAAAGAUUUUUAAAACUUUGCUUUGGACUGGAAAUUUACGAAAGUAGAAAGUAGGGGAAACUAAAAGUUUUAGUUUAUCCACUUUUUAACCUAUUGUUUUCUAUUUUUUCAGAACAAAUAAACAAAAUAACACAAAAAUAAAUACAAAAAACUCUAUUGCAUUUUUUAUCAUUUUUAUCAAUUUUUAAUACCUCUCAAACGAGCUAUUUAAUGCACUAGUCACAAGAAUAAGUUUUUGUUGAAAAAAAACAUUAAAGUUUGCUACGAAAAUUGAACUACCAAUUUUUACAGCAUAGUUUCCGAAACUUUUUGUGUUGUUUUUAAUUGGAAAAGAAAUAAACAAAAAAUAAGCAAUACAAAGUUAUACUUAUAUAAUUUGAAAAUUGUAUAAUAUUUUCACAGUCUUCCCCGAGUGUUGUUGGAAAGUCUAAAGCAAAUAUUACACGCCCACACAGCUUUAAAAAAAAAACAAAAGGCAAAAGAUGAAAAGCUCUGAAAAAUUCCCCCAAAAAUAAAUCGAAAACUUAAGAAAUGAAAAAUACUUUGUGUAGGAAUAUAAAGGAAAAACAGCAAAAAGGAAAUAAAUGCAUUCCCAAAAAAAGCUUUAGCCGAAUUACGAGUUUAUACACACGCACACUGACACAAAGUAUGUGAGCGGAAAUGAAAUAAAAAAAUUCAUAAGCAAGGCGGAUUAAAGGGAGAAAGGAGAAAGCAGAGAAAGGUCGAGCAGAAAGGGGGGAGAUUGCGAUGCGAUGCGGUGCAAUUAACAUAUCAAAAGCGAAACGUGCCGAGGAGAAAAAAAAACUGGCAAAAAGCGUCAAGCAAUUAAAACUAAGCGCAAUGGCAAAUACAUAUUUCUCAAACUGGAUUCAUAAGAAGAAAAUUUGCUUUUCAUACAGAGCUUCCUUGUGGCUCAACUUUAAAUUAUAAUUUUGUGUUUUGCAUUACUUUAAGUUUAAGGGAAAGCGAGAAAACCCGAUUCAAAUUUCCCGGAUUUCUCAGAUGUGUUCGCCGUUUGUUUGUUGUACAAUUUAAUUGGAAAAUUUGUGGCACAGGGGGAAAAUGAAGAACAUGGAAAAUUCUCCAAAGGUAUCAGCGUAUCAAAAAAAAAAAAAAAAAAAAUAUAUGCAAAAAUAAUUAAAAAAAAAAAAAAAACAAGUCAACACAAAACCACACCAACAAAUACAUGUAUACACUUCUCAUUAUGUGGUAACAUUUUAAUGGAAUGAAAUUCAAUAAAGCAACAAUUUAUUAUUUACGCAUAAUUAAGGUCUCGUUUC